CUGGCCACUUCUCCUUUCUCUCUCCGCAACUUUCAACUUUCGUCCAAGAUGUCUGAGACUUUCCAAGAACUUGCUGAUAUCCCCAAGGACUUUGUCCGGGAGGGUUCCCAAUUUGUCCGCCGCUGCACCAAGCCCGAUAAGCGUGAAUUCAUCAAGAUCAGUCAGGCAGUUGGCAUGGGCUUCCUCGUUAUGGGAGCCAUUGGGUACUUCGUCAAGCUGAGUUCGUGCUCCAUUUUCACAUUCCUGUCAACCAAGUGCUGGUUGGCGGCGCAUAAGCGAGCAACCGGACCGAAGAGGCCGAGGGCCUAUAUCCCAGGAGGGUGUGUCGACAGGACUGGGACUGCCCGCAUCUCAUUGGUGAUUCCCUCGGAGCGGGCGAUUGUUGGCGCAAUGUGUGGGCGGAGUGUGUCGGCGGGGUGGGCGAUUGUUGUUGGCGGAAAAGAACUUUGAAUGAGAGGGGCGACGACGAGGUACGCUCGGGAUGCGGCUGGUAUUGGACAGCCACCACGGCGAUGAUGUUCUCAAUGGCCACUGCGAGGC